UAACGGCCGAAGCUUUCGCUAGAACGUUUCGUAUUCCAGCGGAGUGAUUUCGAAAGCACGCGUGUGUUGUUUUUGCCCGUUGCCCUGCACUUGCGCUCACUUUAGAAAACGCUGACUGCGGGAAAGGUCAUUGUGUCGGGCGGUCAAUCGCUGGUUGUGACGUUUGUGAAAAAUCAAUUCAGUCGGUGACGGACGUCGACCUCCGUUCUGUGAUAAGCGGAGAGCCCUAGUAUCAUCAACAUGCCCGUGGGAACGUUCGACGCCUGGGAUACGGCUGUCCUGAUCAGCAUCCUGGUCAUAUCGGCCCUGAUCGGCAUCUACUACCGCUACACGGGCGGCAAGCAGAAGACCACGCAGGAGUACCUGAUGGCGGACCAGAGCAUGACCACCUUUCCAGUCUCCUUCAGCCUGAUGGCCAGCUUUAUGUCCGCCAUUUCCCUGAUGGGGGUGUCCAACGAGUCCUACGAGUUCGGCACAAUGUUCUGCGUAAUCAACAUUGCUUACGUGCUGAGCACGCCCAUUGCCGCCUACCUCUUCCUGCCGGUGUUCUACAGGAUGCGGACCACCAGCGUGUACGAGUACCUGGAGCGGCGCUUCGGCCAGGCCACCCGGCUGUCGGCCUCGCUCGCCUUCACCGUGCAAAUGAUUCUUUACAUGGGCAUUGCCCUCUAUGCUCCGGCUCUCGCCUUGGAGGCUGUGACUGGUAUUCCACGGUCAUGGGCCAUCGUAGUCAUCGGACUGGUGUGCACUUUUUACUCCACUCUGGGCGGCCUUAAGGCAGUGCUCAUUACGGAUGUGUUUCAGUCCUUCCUCAUGUUUGCUGCCAUCUAUGCGGUGAUUUUUGUCUCGGCCAUAAAAGCAGGAGGAUUCGCGGCCAUCUGGGAGGUGGCGGUGGAGCGAGGCCGUGUGCAGUUCGAUGACUUCUCCUUGGAUCCCACCGCUAGGCACACUUGGUGGUCACUCAUCAUUGGCGGCAUGGUCACCUACCUUUCUCUCUACGGUGUCAAUCAGACACAAGUCCAGCGGCUGCUGAGUGUCCGCAAUUUGAAAAGCGCUCAGUCGGCGCUUUGGUGGAACUUGCCUAUCCUAGGAAUGCUUAGCUUCAGCACCAUCUUCAGUGGUCUGGCUAUAUUCUACUACUAUCGCGACUGUGAUCCGGUGCUAGAAGGACGCAUCGAGAAGCGGGAUCAGGUUAUGCCGCUGUUCGCACUGGACACUAUGGGUCAAUACCCUGGAUUGUGCGGUCUCUUUGUGUCUGGGAUAUUCUCCGCCAGUCUCUCUACGAUUUCGUCGGCUGUUACCUCACUCUCGGCAGUAACGCUGGAGGAUUACCUGAAGCCAUUGUACAAGACGAUAUUUAAGCGUACGCUCGUCGACUCCAAGUCUACGUUGCCCACAAAAGUUGUGGCCUGCAUCUUUGGCCUGCUCUGCAUCGGGCUGGCGUUUGUGGCAGGCUCCCUUGGUGGAGUCCUUCAGGCCUCGCUCACCAUUUUCGGAGUUGUGGGCGGCCCGCUUCUGGCCGUCUUCACCCUGGGCGUCUGCACUACCCGCACCAAUCAACGUGGUGUGCUGCUAGGGUUCCUUGCUUCACUGAUGGUGUCGUUCUGGAUGGGUUUUGGCGGACCAAAACCAAAGCCCGUUACCCUGGAUUUCAGCACGUCUGGCUGUAGCAAUGCCACCGCACUCUUAGCACAUGCCAUUGAACUCAACGCUAAUAGCAGUCCAGUGGUCAUCGAACCGCACUAUUUCUGGUUAUAUCGAAUUUCCUAUUUGUGGUUAAGUGUGAUCGGCUUUCUUAUCGCUGUGGUGGUCGGUUAUGGCAGUAGUAUUGUGCUGGCGCACUUUGGAAAGGCAGAAAACACAGAAAUCUACUUGGACAAGUAUCAGAAGCAACUGGACUACGACCUAUUCGCACCCGUGUUGUCUCGUCGCUGGCGGCGUCAAGCAGAACAACGAAACAAUUUGGCUCAGGACGAAACGCUCACCAAGCUCACUCAGCAGUAGUUCCGACCGGUUAAAAUUUAGAGUAAUUUAUUUAUUAACAAAAAAGAAGUUCCAGGAGGCGUCGGCUAUACAAACACGGUAUAAGCUUAGUCCUGUUACAGAUGUCGUACCUAAAAGUGCAUAACUAUGUGACCUUUUUGUAUACCUGUGUGAACAAAACUUGCAUACAGAGCGACCAAAACAGAGUCUUCCAUAUACAUAUAAACAACGAUAAUUAUUAGUUACUAGCCGUGUUGCAAAUGUUCACAAGCUGGUCAUUAAGUGACCUCGUAGGAAUAGUGAAAUGUUUUUACAAUUAUAUCUAAAAAGAAUCAUUUUACCUCAGCAGACUUUUGAAAGCGACAAUAAUUACUUUGAAUCGUGUUGGCCGAUUACUUUUCCAUGUGGGGCAUUGGCAGCCACGAUGCCUUACAUAAAUUAUUGAUUUAAUUAUAUACUUAAUUUUAUUGCGAUAUUUAUAUUCCUACCUUUUAAACUUAAUUUAAUGUGUUUACUCAGUUAUUCGAUAUUUACACAAAUGCCAUCAUCUUUCAUAUACAUAAUAAAGCGCUAGGUCAGGGUUUUAUAUAUACGCUACAGUGAGCACCCCUAUAAAUAGCUACUAAUUAUUUAAAGCAUUAAUUAAAGCAUGGCCCAACAUUGUGAAUUGUGUUUACUUAUAUACCUCUAGAUUACGCAAAUAUACUAUAGAAACAUUUACACAUGUA